AAUUCAGCUUCGUUUGCAUAUUCGGAGCCAUUCACUCGUGCGGGUCCUCGAAAAAAGCGAAGACGAAAGCCAUCAGGUGAACCGCCCCAGCCGCUGGAACAGCUGGAACGCACGAAAAAAGAACUGGAAUCCAAUACUGUCUGGCUAUCCACUUGUCACGGUUCGUUUCUCCGCCGCAAGCACGACCCCCUUUGUUUUCCAGAGAUUCUCCAAGACGUUCUACAGGAUCUAUCUUUUGCUGCUUCAGAGGUGUUGUGCCUUGGUCUUGGAAGCCCUGUCUCGUCUCGGGACGCCCGGGCGCAGCUGGCGUUCCUCAUCAGAUUCUGUUCUCUUUGCGAUAUAGAUCUCCAAAAUGUGUCCGUCUAUGAUCCCGUCUUUACGGAUGCAGACAGCGCGCUAUUGCAAGCGCUCGGGAUGCAGUGUCUGGCAGAUAACAGAGCACGUACCUUCAGCAUUCGCGUAUCUAUCUUUUAUCUGUUCCAGAACGCGAAGCAUCCCGUGAUACGUCCAACCAUCCUCUACAUGCCGCAUUGCGAUAUGGACCUGUACGAGAACAUCAUACGCGAGAACUGGACGCGCGAACAGCUAUCCAAUAUCAUCUUUAUCGCAAACCGAUUCAGCGAUUACAUUGACAAG